AUGUCUCUCUGCAUUCUUCCGUUUGCUUCGGAGGCGAUCCUGCCUCGUCUUCUGGAUGACGUCUUCAGCGAGCUCGACGACGCCUUCAAUCACUUCUAUCAGAUCGAACAAAUCUCUUCUCCUCCUUCAACAAAGAAGUUAGGGAGGAAAAGCCCCAUGGGCCAAUUGUACAAGGUCAGCGAUGACGGGUCCAAGUUGGCGAUCUCAUUGGACGUGUCGAAAUUCAAGCCAGAUGAGUUGAAUGUGAACAUCGAUGGUCGAACCCUGACUGUGGAAGGCAAACAAGAAGUAAAGGAAGGCUCGAGUUAUACCGCCAGGUCAUUCCUUCGCCAGUGGACUGUUCCAGAAGGUGUCGACGCCGAGCAGAUUCGAUCCGCUCUUACCGAAGAUGGUCAUUUGGCCAUCGAAAUGCCGAAACUCAAACCGUCCAUCACCUACAGGAGCAUUCCCAUCCAAAAGGCAAUUGACAAGAGCGGAUAG